AUGGACAACGACAAAGCGCAAUCCAGCGCUUUCAACGGGGACGGCAACACAAUUACCCGAUGCUCUCUUAGCAACUGCACAAUCAACAAUUCCUGCGUAAAACGAUCCACACUAAGCGACUGUGUGCUAUCGAAGGUAGAAGACGUGAGCCGGGUCACAGCCCAAAAAUCCCAAUUCUACGACGCGGCCCUUGCCGAGCGCAGUGCUAUCACAAAUAGCACCAUCCAAACACAAAGCUCGGUGGACCGAUCCACAAUUGGACAGUCGGUCAUUCAGGACAAGAGUGCCGUUAAGCGGAGUACCGUGACCGGAACGAUGGUCUCAAACAGUCAACUCCAGAGAACCACCUUGACAAACUGCGUUGUCACUGAGUGCAUCAUCGAACGGUGUGACUUCCAGGGACUGGUUCUUAAAUAUGGCAAUUGGAAGCGAAAUGAAUUGGUUGGGAAGAUUGGCAAUCAAGAUCCUAUUUUUAUUCGGAACUAUGGCUCGAAGGCCGGGCAAUCCGCUCCUGUGCUUGUUGGGUCUAUAAUUUCUGAAUUGGAUUCUGAAAAUCACCCCCGGCAGGAUAUUUGUCUCCCUAGCUACCAUGUUGAAUCAGAUGCUGGUGGGAAUAGUCCGGGUGAUUCUGGUCUUGAUCUACCUCCACCCUACAGACCUUAG